ACAGUGGUGAUAAGGAAUAGAGUGUUGUGAUGGUGGAUGUUUAUGCCAUGCCUGUGACCUGCGUCUCUGCAUGAGUGUGCGUGUGAGAGUGUGUGCGAUAUGGAGAUGCCUGUGCUGGCAAACUGGUUGUGUGGGGAUUUUGGAUUGUCUGUGGGUGUGUAUCUUUGUGGUGUCAAACUACUGUCUUCUGGCCUUUCUUUGUCCCUGUGGUUCACAACCUGAAGUCAGCAAGGGGUGCUGAAGGGAUUCUGUACUACUCCAACUUUUCCUCUUCCAGAUGUUUAUCUGCUGCCUGCCUCAGUCUCCCCUUCUCACAGUGGGAGCUCUAAGUUGGACUAAGACCUGUGGCUCCUCUGUGACCUCUGAUUUGUUCCCUUUGCCUUUCUAGAAUCCAGCCUUGUCACAUCAUCCCACCCCUGUGGUUUUGAAAGUCCUGGGAAGAGUUUGGUCUGGUGGAGGAGGAGGACGUUAAUGCACUUGGUGUGUGGCCAGUGGUGAAGAGAUGGCUGCUCCUGUCCCCUGGGCCUGCUGUGCUGUGCUUGCUGCUGCCGCCGCCGUUGUCUACACCCAGAGACACAGUCCACAAGAGGCACCCCACGUGCAGUACGAGCGCCUGGGCUCAGAUGUGACACUGCCAUGUGGAACAGCAAACUGGGAUGCAGCUGUGACAUGGCGGGUGAAUGGGACGGACCUGGCCCCUGACCUGCUCAACGGCUCUCAGCUCGUGCUCCAUGGCCUGGAACUGGGCCAUAGUGGCCUCUACGCCUGCUUCCACCGUGACUCCUGGCACCUGCGCCACCAAGUCCUGCUACACGUGGGCUUGCCGCCGAGGGAGCCUGUGCUCAGUUGCCGCUCCAACACUUACCCCAAGGGCUUCUACUGCAGCUGGCAUCUGCCCACCCCUACCUACAUCCCCAACACCUUCAAUGUGACCGUGCUGCACGGCUCCAAAAUUAUGGUCUGUGAGAAGGACCCGGCCCUCAAGAACCGCUGCCACAUCCGCUACAUGCACCUGUUCUCCACCAUCAAGUACAAGGUCUCUAUAAGUGUCAGCAAUGCCCUGGGCCACAAUGCCACAGCUAUCACCUUCGACGAGUUCACCAUUGUGAAACCUGACCCUCCAGAAAAUGUGGUGGCCCGGCCAGUGCCCAGCAACCCUCGUCGGCUGGAGGUGACGUGGCAGACCCCCUCGACAUGGCCUGACCCUGAAUCCUUUCCUCUCAAGUUCUUUCUGCGCUACCGACCCCUCAUCCUGGACCAGUGGCAACAUGUGGAGCUGUCAGAUGGCACAGCGCACACCAUCACAGAUGCCUAUGCCGGGAAGGAGUACAUCAUCCAGGUGGCAGCCAAGGACAAUGAGAUUGGGACGUGGAGCGAUUGGAGUGUGGCUGCCCAUGCCACGCCCUGGACUGAGGAACCACGGCACCUCACCACCGAAGCCCAGGCCCCCGAGACCACGACCAGCACCGCCAGCUCAUUGGCACCCCCGCCCACCACGAAGAUCUGUGACCCUGGGGAGCUGGGCAGCGGAGGAGGACCCUCAGCACCCUUCUUGAUCAGUGUCCCUGUCACCCUGGCCCUGGCUGCCGCUGCCACCACUGCUAGCAGUCUCCUGAUCUGAGCCCGGCAUACUGAGGACAUGCCAGAGCACCUGCAGAGGAGCAGGAGGCUGGAGCUGAGCCUGCAGACCCCAGUUUCUAUUUUGCACACGGGCAGGAGGACCUUUUGCAUUCUCUUCAGACACAAUUUGUAGAGACCCCGGCGGGCCCGGGCCUGCCGCCCCUUAGCCCCACCACAUCAAGCCGGCCCUCAGGAGAGGAGGACCCUGCAGCUAACCCACCCACCAAAGACCCCCCCACACCCCCUCGGGCUGGACCCUCCAACGCCAGCGACUCCCAGGAGCCCUUGGGGGGCCUGAGGGGAGCCCCUCACAUCCACAGUUUUUCCUCCUGCCCGAGCCUCCUGUCUGUCCCAGGGUCUCUGUUGCCACCAUCAGAUUAUAAGCUCCUGACGCUGGGGGGACCCAGCCAUCCCCCUCCCCCCAGUGCCCACACUUUUCAGUCCCCCCACCUCUGCCCCUGUUUUGUACAACUCUCCUGUGAUCCUCCUCCUACCCCACAGUAUUUAAUGCCCUGUCAGUCCCUUCUAGUCUGACUCAAUGGUAACUUGCUGUAUUUGAAUUUUUUAUAGAUGUAUAUACAGGGAUGGGGGGGUGGGGGGUUCUCAUUAAAUGUCACCAUUUCAUGAG